AUGAGCCGAUCCACACGAAGUGAAAGAGAAGCCAAAGUCAAGAAUUUCAUGUCAUGCACUCAACAACCAGAGCAUACAGCAAUCACCUUUUUAGGGAGAGCUAAUUGGAACAUGGAUUUAGCUGUUGAUCUUUUUUAUCAGCAAAAUGUUGUAGCUGAUAAAUAUAAAUUAGACAGUUUAUUCAACAAGUAUGCGAAUGAUCCUAGGGAUGAUGUACCUCCGCAGAGAAUUGGUCCUCAUGGCAUUCAAAAGUUGUUGAAUGAUCUUCAUUUGGAUGCUACUGAUAGACGUGUGCUUCUGUUAGCUUGUAAGCUCAAGGCUGAAACACAAUGUGAGUUCAGUUGGGAAGAAUGGCAGACCGGGUUAUCACAGAUGGGAGUAGACACGAUUGAAAAACUUAGUGAUAAACUUAUGCAAUUGGACACGGGUUUGAACGAUCCUGGAGCGUUCCGGCAUUUGUACCUUUAUGCUUUCACGUAUGGCAAACCUAGUGGUCAACGUAGUAUGGAUGUAGAUACAGCUAUUGCAUAUUGGAAAAUUUUAUUCAAAGAUCAAUUCCCUCUUUUGCACUAUUGGGAGCGUUUCCUACUUUUGGAAAGGCGUGCUAUAUCUCGAGAUACAUGGAAUCUCCUAUUAGAUUUUUGUCUUACCAUUCGGCCAGAUUUGUCCAAUUACGAUGAAGAAGGAGCAUGGCCUGUCCUAAUUGACGAGUUCGUGGAAUAUGUUCGAAAAGAAUUAAAUUUACCCCGAAAAAAUUGCUGA